UCCUUUGUAUAUACCUUGCCUUUUAAGUACACUUAUUUUCUACCUCUAUUUUCCUUUCUUUCUUCUUCUUCUACUUCUUCUACUUCCUUUGUGUGACUCUAGCAAAAAAACUCUCUCUUUCUCACUCUCUUUUCUCUCCAUAAUAAGUGACUCCUGCUUCAUACUCAUAGAGGGCAUGCCUGAAUGUCCAGAGAAAGGGAGAGAUUUGAUGAGAUAGGAAAGAAGAUCAAAAGGGAAGGAGAUCAUCAUCAUCAUCAUCAUGUUUCAAAUUCUUCACCUCAGAUGGGAAGAAGACAUAUGUUAGGUCCACCAGGAACCCUAAAUACUAUAACCCCUUGUGCAGCAUGUAAGCUCUUAAGAAGAAGAUGUGCUCAAGAAUGUCCUUUUUCUCCAUAUUUCUCCCCUCAUGAGCCUCAGAAAUUUGCUUCUGUUCACAAAGUUUUUGGUGCCAGCAAUGUCUCCAAGAUGCUAAUGGAGGUAGCAGAAUGCUCUAGAGCAGAUGCAGCAAAUAGUCUUGUUUAUGAAGCAAAUGUGAGACUAAGAGAUCCAGUUUAUGGAUGCAUGGGUGCAAUUUCUGCAUUGCAACAACAGGUUCAAUCUUUACAAAGUGAACUCAAUGUAUUAAGAGGUGAAAUACUUAAAUACAAAUUAAGAGAAGCAGCUAACAUCAACAUGAACACUAUGAACAAUAUGAAUAUGAACAUGAACAUGCUACCAGCUUCUUCUCAUCAUGUUCCAAUGCUCCCUUCUAAUUCUGUUGCUGUUUCAAUCGCUGCUCCACCGCCGCCGCCGCCUCCUCCUCCUCUUCCUCCUUCAAGUUCCAAUUCCUCUUCUUCCAUAUACUAUCAGAGGGAUCCAAACAACUAUACCAGAAUUUCAAGUGAUGAUAAUAUUUCUUAUUUUGGUUAACUUUGCUACUAGCUCUAAAUUAUAAUUAUUCCAUUUGGCAUCAAUCAAUUAAGUAAAGAAAAUGAGAGUAAUAUUGAUGCUGGAUCCUUCUGUAUGUCAUUAAUUAUUAAUUUUUGUGUUAUUGUAUUAAUCUUAAUAUUAUUAAUGCUGA